GUUUUUGCUCUAGAAGUUGCUAUUUUCCAUUUGCAAUGGCUUCCAUUAUAAUCAUUCUUGAUGCCCAUGCCGACAGAUACGGGAUUGGCCAGCUAACAAAAAAUCCGGAAGAUCGCCCGCCGGAGGCAUAGCAAGAGCUCCUCAAAUUAAUCACAUAAAUUGUUCGUAAGUACCUACCGGAUCUUAGCGCACCUGAAAGAGAAUUAAAUUUUCUUUCCAAAAAGUGCUCGUUUGUUUCUCUACGAUGCGGAAUUCGAUAUGAAAAAGUGAAAAAAGUGCACUUUGCCUAUGCUGCGCCAUGUGAAAUUUUGGAGGAGCCACGUUUUUCAUAGGGUUCUCAUUCCUGCCACCAGAUGCGGAGGGAUCGUUAGCUUCCGUUGGAUUUACCUAUAGAAGCGCACAGUUAAAGGUGCUCUAAGGACCCGAUUUUGUCAGCUUCAUUUAGCGACGAACUUUUUGCUCUCAUUAUUUUAGCGUCAAACUUUAAUCAAUUCAUUUACGUUCAUAACAUUUCUUACUGUGGCAACUGCUCGACUUUCCAAGUCAUCUUCUGCUUCGACCACGGCGGACGAACCCCUUCGUGCGUUUUUGCGGCUGCUCGCUUGCAUCACAUCAUAAACAAAACAAACAGCCACCGGAUCGCCACGAAUGUAAUUUUCGCGUUUCAGUGGACGAUUUUCCACUAUAAAUUUUCGUGUUUUUUCCGCUUAGAAUUAGUGAAGAUAGUGCCGGUGCGUGUUUGUUCAUUGUGUGCUUGAUAACGAAUGCCUACGAUGGACGACGUUGCAACGCUCAAGAGUGAAAAUGCCAGCCUGCGAAAAAUUCAAUCACGGCUGCUCCAGUGGGAGCAGAAGGACAACCCGCUGGCUCCGCUGAGCACCGCCCAGAAUGAGUUCAUCAAUCGGCUGGCGGAUGGUGUGAGUGGUGGCGGACCGACGCCGGGUGCGCCGAUUCCGGAGAGUCGAGAAUUGAGUCUGGAGAGCAAGUCCUCUUUGGGUGAUUUCAAGCAUUCGAGUAGCGUGAUCGAUUCAACGCAGGAUUUCCUCUCGUGGUACAAUUCGAUCGAUUCGGAAAUACUGGAACACUAUGACGAUGUGUAUCUGGAUUACUACGGUCAGUUGAAGCAGCGGUCGGCGGAAUGCGACAAACUGCUGGAGGAGAUCGACGUUUUGCUGGAUUCGUUGACGAAGCUGACGAAUGAGUACAAGUUCGUGUCGGAGAAGACUUCGUCGCUGCACCAGGCGAGUGAGAAUCUGCUGCAGGAUCAGACCAAGUUGAUCGAAGUUGGAGAGGAGAUUAAGAGGCGGCUGAAGUACUUCAGUCAGGCGGAGAGUAUUUACCAGCGGCUGCAAAAUCCGACGUUUUCCGUCUCGAACGAUACUUUCGUGGAGAUUCUGAACACAAUCGAUGAGUGUCUGGAGUACAUGCGGGUGAAUCCGGGAUUCAGCGAAGCGUUUGCCUAUGGGGUCAAGUAUCGUAACUGCCUGUCGAAAGCUACGCAGAUGAUGAGGAAUUACGUGGGAAAUAUCUUGACGAAUGCUACGGCACAGAUCGUGGGUCCUCAGCAGCGCAGUGAAGCAGGGAUGGAACAGGGAUCGGAGGCGACGUUCGCUUUGUACUACGGGAAGUUCCAAGCUUCGGCCCCUAGGGUAAAACGGAUUACAGGAAUGAUCGAGGGGCGGUUGGAUCGUAGCGUGGAAUACGAGCAGUUGCUGGCGGCGUUGCAUCAACAGUUCUUGGCGAAUAGAGCAACGAUUAUGAGUUCGGGGGUUGAGCAAGCGAUCCGAGAUCUCAGCAAGAAGCACAAGGGAGACCACUGCGCGCUGGUGCGAUCGGCAUGUGCCUUCAUGGUGCAUGUCUGUCAGGACGAACAUCGGUUGUUUUUCCAGUUCUUCACCAAUUCCAGUCCGCAACUGACAGCCUACAUGGAAGGAUUGUGCACAAUCUUGUACGACACGCUUCGACCUUUUAUCAUUAGGAUCGACCACCUGGAAACGUUAGCCGAAAUUUGCAGUAUUCUUCGAGUGGAGAUGCUUGACGAGCACGUUAAUUAUAAUCCCGAAUCCCUGGAAGCGUUCGCAAAAAUAGUCUACCAGCUGCUGCAGGACGUCCAGGAGCGAAUCGGUUUCCGAGCGCAGAACUACCUCGAGUCGGACAUCCUCAACUAUCGGCCAUCGGCCGGGGACCUUGCAUAUCCGGAAAAGCUUGAAAUGAUGGAAAGCAUUGCCCUGUCGCUGCAGGAGAACUACCUGAGGCGUGCCGAUUCUCGCAGUUCCAUAGUAUCCAUGACUUCGCUGGCAUCGCAAGAGGUGGAAAGCAUCAAUCAGCAAGCGGAACAGGCCGCCAAAUCCCGGGCCAGUAAUUCGCCGGCCGAUCUGCACGGAAUGUGGUACCCGACGGUGCGCCGGACGUUGGUCUGUCUGUCGAGGUUGUACCGCUGCAUCGAUCGGGCCAUCUUCCAGAGUUUGUCCCAGCAAGCGCUGGCUUACUGCAUCCAAAGCGUUUCCAAUGCUGCCGCACAGAUUAGCCAGAAGAAAACGACCAUCGAUGGCGAGCUGUUCGAGAUCAAGCAUUUGCUGAUUCUGCGCGAGCAGAUUGCCCCCUUCCGGGUCGAUUUUACCGUCAAGGAGACCAGCUUGGAUUUCAGCAAGGUGAAAACGGCAGCCUUCGAACUGCUGCAGAAGAGGAAGCAGCUGUUCGCCCUGGGAUCCAAUAACGCCUUGUUGGAGUUUUUGCUGGACGGAACUCCUCAGGUCAAAGAACAACUACUGGACUCCCGCAAGGACGUCGAUCGCCAGCUGAAAACUGUUUGCGAGAUGUUCAUCAAAGACGCCACCCGGCAACUGGUGGGACCCAUCCUGAACUUCAUCGACACCGCUCAGAACCACGUGAAGCAAAGCGCAGCAUCCGGAUCAAGUCAACCGUCUGCCACAAAGCCCCAACAAGGUCUAGCCCUCCGGAUGGCCGCCUUCGCUGCACCGCAGCAGAUCAGUUCCGUGAUCCAGGAGAGCAUUCGUAACAUCAAAACCAAACUGGGUGCACUGCAACGAUCGAUGCAGCUCUACCUGGCCAACAAGGACACCGAGUUCAUUUUGUUCCGACCGAUCCGGAACAACAUUAUCGGAUCGUUUGUCAAGCUGGAACAACUGCUGACGACGAACUCGUACAGCAAGGACGACCUGACGAUCGUCAGUUGUCCCUCGGCGGAGCAGAUUUCGGUGCUGUUGUCGAGUGUCAAUCUGAGUGGUACCGUUGCAGGGGCGGAACCGUUCGGUGGAAUUCAACGUAAGAUAAGUACUUCCUCUGUGGGAGCCACCAAGCCGCCAAUUGAGAAGAAGGUGAGCUUCGAUAGCGGGGCCAAUACGGUGGUUCAAAUAGAUACAGGAACCGUUGAGGUUGAGGUAAGUACGGAAUCAGCCAGUGCGCCGGAUGCGGUUGAAGGUAAGAUUGAAAGCGAGUAAAGUAUGUUAAGUAGAAUUUAUACAUUCUGUUAGUUGUUAUCUAGAGGACACGCAAUAUUUAAUAUAUCAAUCCAUUAUAAUCAGACGAAAA